AUUGCUUAAUUGUAGUCUAAAUGAAUUGACCGCUGAUAUUUGUUAGCAUKAUUUCAGUGUUUGCUGGUAGCUCCUAGAGACAGUUAGCCWACGGAAGCUAGCUAGCUGGCUAGCUGGAGGAGCCAGAGACAGRGAGGACAUGCUAGCUAGRGGCUAGCUAGUUAGCRUCAUCUAGCUYGCUAACGUUGGCUARGUUUGCGCUCCUUGAUUCAGCGUUGAUUUAUAACUUUAGCUGCAUUUAAUCAAAUGUCUACAGGAAAGCGAAGAAUUACUGAAGAAUGAAGUACAAUCAUUUCAGCAAUCCUCUUCUUCAUCCUCAGUCCUCUUGUCCACAACCGAUCAUAUUUGUAGUUUGAUCUGGAACACGAGUGACCUAAAACCUCUGGACAGUUCCUGACUGGACUCUGUUAUCUCUGCAUUCUUGACUUCCCCGUGAUUUCAUCUCCACAGCAUAUUUUUGGGAUUAACAUUACACACUUUCUGGGAUAUAGGAAAGUGUGUAAUAUAUCUGGGAUAUAGGCCUACACUACACUUGAGAUCUUCUCUGUGAGCAGACUAGGCCUAUAUAUUUUUCCUUGUCUCGUGAUAUUGUGGUGUUAAACCUUUGGUGAGACACUAUGGAGUGGAAUAUGGAYUACUGUAUGGAGCAGGUUAUGCAGAAGGACCUGGGUAGGAGACUACAGGUGGGCCAGGACAUCAUAGACUCCAUCCUGGACAAGGACAAGUCCCAGGACCUGGAGCAGGACCAGACCAUGCUGGACAGAAUMGUGGAUGGUGUCGCUACCAACUGGGUCAACUCCAGCAAUUUCAAGGUGGCUUUGUUGGGAAUGGACAUACUCUCAGCUUUAGUAACAAGAUUACAGGAACGGUUUAGGACACAGAUUGGAACUGUUUUGCCGAGUUUGAUAGAUCGACUAGGCGACUCAAAGGACCAAGUCAGAGACCAGGACCAAGCUCUUCUACUAAAGAUCAUGGACCAAGCUGCUAACCCACAGUAUGUAUGGGACCGAAUGUUAGGAGGAUUCAAACACAAGAACAACAGGACCAGGGAGAGUGUCUGCAUUUGCCUUAUCGCCACGUUAAAUGUAUAUGGAGCUCAAGGCUUGACCCUCAGCAAAAUUGUCCCCCACAUAUGUAAUCUUUUAGGAGACCCUACAAGCCAGGUGCGAGACGGGGCCAUGAACUGUCUUGUUGAAAUCUACAGACACGUCGGGGAGAGGGUGCGGAUGGACCUGGGGAAAAAGGGACUACCACAGUCACGGUUGAAUGUCAUUUUCAGUAAAUUUGAUGAAGUUCAAAGAUCGGGGAACAUGAUCCUGUCCCCUGUCUCAGAUAAGAACUUUGAAGAUGAUGAUUCGGUGGACGGGGGGCGGUCCUCCUCUUCUAAGGGCCCGUCGUCAGGGAAGAAGACAGUGAGCAUGGGGUCGUUCCGUAGGCCCAGCUCUGCUUCCAGCACCAAAUCAACAGGGAGAGAUGGUCCUAGUGCGGCUGCUGCAGGGGCUGUGGAUGAGGAGGACUUCAUCCGUGCCUUCGAGGAAGUUCCCGCUAUGCAACUUUUCUCUAACAGGGAAAUGGAGGACGCCAUGACCAAGAUCAGAGAGGUGCUGGCCGACGACAAACGAGACUGGGAGCACAGAGUCACUGCGUUGAAGAAGAUGCGUUCUCUGCUCCUGGCGGGAGCGGUGGACUUUGACGGUUUCUCCCAGCAGCUGCGUCUCACGGAGGCAGCCUUCAAGAUGUCCUCUAAAGACCUGCGCUCUCAGGUGGUCAGAGAGGCCUGUAUCACUCUGGGCCACCUGUCCUACAUCCUGGGGAACAAGUUUGAUCAUUGUGCUGAGUCCAUCAUGCCCACUCUCCUAACCCUGGUCUCUAACUCGGCCAAGGUCAUGGCCACAUCCGGCAUCACCGUCAUACGACUCAUCAUCAGACAUACACACUACCCUCGUCUCAUUCCUAUCGUGACCAGCAGCUGCCAGUCGAAAUCUGUGGCCGUGAGAAGGCGCUGUUUUGAGUUCUUGGACCUCUUGCUGCAGGAGUGGCAGACCAGCUCUCUAGAGAGGAGUGUAGCUGUUCUGACAGAGACCAUCAAGAAAGGAGUCCAUGAUGCAGACUCCGAGGCCAGAUCAGUGGCCAGGAAGUGCUACUGGACGUUCCACGGCCACUUCAGCCGGGAGGCGGAGCAGCUGUUCCAGGCUCUAGAGUCGUCCUAUCAGAAGGCUCUCCAGUCCCACAUGAAGAGUUCUGACAGCAUCCUGUCCCUCCCUGCCUCAGACCGCUCCUCCUCCUCCUCACAGGAGAGCCUCAACCGCCCUCAGUCCGCCAAGAGCUCCAUGGGAAACACCGUGACCAGGACGAAAGCGGCUUCCUCCAGAGGUCCCUCCACCCCGGGCUCUCUCCAGCGUUCCCGUAGCGACGUGGAUGUGAACGCUGCCGCCACCGCUAGUGCCAAGACCAGGAUGACUCCCGUGCCCGCCUCGCCCGCCCCCUUCAGCGCUGCCUCCGCUCUGCCACCCGGSUCCUACGCCUCUCUAGGCCGUGUGCGUACCAGGAGAACGAGUUCGGGGAGCGGCGUGGGGGCGAGUCCCUCUGUCACAGACAGUAGGGGGAGAAGUCGAGCCAAAAUGGUGUCAGUGUCUCAACCUGGCAGUCGUUCUGGCUCCCCUGGUCGUCUCCUGAGCCAUACAUACGGCAGGAUCCCCAGGGCAACUGGAGCGGCAACGCCAGCAGACAGGAGGCCUAAAGUCCCCCGCAGCCAUGGCUGCAGCCGAGACACCAGUCCAGACAGAUCAGGCCUGGCGAGGAGUCGUAUCCCCCGGCCCAGCAUGAGUCAGGGCUGCAGCAGGGACACCUCUAGGGAGAGCAGCCGGGACACCAGCCCCGCUCGGGGAUUCUCUCCUCUGGCGUCCAGACGUGUCUCCCGCUCCACCAGUGCUCUCCACUCGGCUGAGUCUGUGGGCCGCUCAGAGCGUCUAGGUCUGGCCCACCAGGCCCGUAUCUCAGCCUCUGUCAACGCCAUGAGGAUCCUCAACACUGGGACRGAGGUGGAGGCAGCUGUAGCCGAUGCCCUGUUACUAGGAGACGCCAGGAACAACAAGCGGCGGCCAGUCAGACGGCGGUACGAGUCCCCGGGCAUCUACUCAGACGACGACGCUAACAGCGACGCCAGCAGCGCCUGCUCUGAGCGCUCGUAUGGCUCGCGGAACGGCGGCCCGCCCCACUACAUGAGACAGACGGAGGACGUGGCCGAGGUGCUGAACCACUGUGCCAGUUCCAACUGGUCUGAGAGGAAGGAGGGGCUGCUGGGACUACAGAGCCUGCUCGUUAGCCAGAGAAUUCUCAGUCGCGUGGAGCUGAAGAGAUUGUGUGAGAUCUUCACAAGGAUGUUUGCCGACCCACACAGCAAGCGAGUGUUCAGUAUGUUUCUGGAGACCCUGGUAGACUUCAUCACCCUGCACAGAGAGGACGUGCAGGACUGGCUGUUUGUCCUGCUCACCCAGCUGCUGAAGAAGAUGGGAGCUGACCUCCUGGGUUCCGUACAGGCCAAGGUCCAGAAGGCUCUGGACGUCACCAGGGACUCGUUCCCGUUGGACCAGCAGUUUAACAUCCUGAUGCGUUUCAUCGUGGACCAGACCCAGACCCCCAACCUGAAGGUCAAGGUGGCCAUCCUGAGGUACAUUGAGUGCCUGGCCCGUCAAAUGGACCCCGCAGACUUUGUCAACUCCAGCGAGACACGCCUGGCCGUCUCCCGCAUCAUCACCUGGACCACGGAACCAAAGAGCUCCGACGUCCGGAAGGCGGCRCAGGUGGUUCUGAUCGCCUUGUUUGAGCUGAACACCCCAGAGUUCACCAUGCUGCUGGGGGCCCUGCCCAAGACCUUCCAGGACGGAGCCACUAAACUGCUGCAUAGCCACCUGCGGAACUCCAGCAACACCGGCGUGGCUUCUCCCAGUAGCACCAUGGGACGGACGCCUCCCCUACCUCGCCACCCCAGCAGUCGCAGCAGCCCCCUCACCUCUCCCACCAACUGCUCCCAUGGGGGGGGGCUCUCUCCCAGCAUGUUGGAGUACGACACCGAGAACCUGAACACCGAUCAGAUCUAUAGCUCCCUGCGAGGCGUCACUGAGGCCAUCCAAAACUUCAGCUUCCGCAGUCAGGAGGACCUCAUGGAGCCGGGCAGAGGCAAGAGAGAGGACACGCCGGGUGUUGGAACAGCAUCACACUCUGMUGUUGACGUGGUGGAGYGGCCCGGGGGUCGCACGGCCCUGGACAACAAGACCUCCCUACUCAACACCCCCUCCCCGCGUUCCUUCUCCGGGCCCCGGGGCCGCGACUACAACCCCUACAACUACACAGACACCAUCAGCGCCUACGACAAGGCUGCCCUGAGAGAGACGGUGUACGAGGACGACGUGGAGCAGCUUCGAGAUGGSCGCCAAGAGUGUGGUGGAGAAAACAAGAUGCUGCACACCAAGAACAGUUCCCCUGCGGAGCAGCUGGAACUGGCGGGUGAGCUGCUGAAGGAGCUGUCUAACCCCAGUGAGAGGCCAGAGGAGAGGAGGGGAGCCCUGGUGGAGCUGCUGAAGAUAGCCCGGGAGGACAGCCUGGCAGUGUGGGAGGAACACUUCAAAACCAUGCUGCUCCUGCUGCUGGAGACCCUGUCGGACCAAGAUCACACCAUCCGGGCCCUGGCACUACGAGUGCUGAAGGAGAUCUUACGUAACCAGCCGGCACGCUUCAAGAACUAUGCAGAACUCACCAUCAUGAAGACUCUGGAGGCACACAAAGACUCCCACAAAGAGGUUGUGCGGGCAGCAGAGGAGUCAGCCUCCACCCUGGCUGGCUCCAUCCACCCAGAACAGUGUAUCAAGGUGCUGUGUCCCAUCGUCCAGACAGCUGACUACCCCAUCAACCUGGCUUCCAUCAAGAUGCAGACCAAGGUGAUAGAACGCAUCACCAAGGAGUCCCUCCACCAGCUGCUGCCUGACAUCAUACCAGGACUACUGCAGGGGUAUGACAACACAGAGAGCAGUGUGAGGAAGGCCAGUGUGUUCUGUCUGGUGGCUGUCUACUCUGUCAUCGGUGAAGAGUUGAAGCCCUACCUGGCCCAGCUCACAGGAAGCAAGAUGAAGCUGCUGAACUUGUACAUAAAGAGAGCCCAGACGUCCACCAGCAACAGCAGCAGCUCUUCAGACAUCUCCUCAUACUAAUGAACGUGGCCCUCCGGCAUCAUCCAUGUGUGUGUGCAGGUACAUACAGUACAGGGUUAUGUUCAUAAGGCACCAAACGGUGCAAAACGGAAUGAAACAGGAAGGGACUACCUGGACUACUGGUCCAAUAAGAAACACUAAUUUUCUUUUCUUUUCACCGUUUUUAAAUAUUUUCCAUAGRGUGCCCUAAUGAACGUGACCCAGAUAGGGAAACGGUUGUGCCUCAAUCUUUCUUUCCAGACCUCCUUGUGGUUUUAAUGUAUUCUAAUAAAGGCUGUAGGCUGUUCCUUGUUGGGAAACCCUAUGCCUGUUGCAAUCAGUAUUUUAUUUCCUUCCGUUUUGUUGUCUUGUAAAUACUUUUAUUCCACGUUUUAAGAUACGAAUGCGACACUACUUCAGACCCAGUCGAAUGAAUGUAUAGAGCUUUGAAUGAAACCUGAGUCCUUUACAAACCGUCUGAAAGGUUUUAAUGUUGAUGGAAGCAGAGUGUCGCCCUGCACACGAUUGCCUCUGUUCCUUCUCGCAAUGGACAGAUAGGCUUAUUUGGAACCGUGCUGUUUGUAAAGGGGCAGUUUAAAAAUGGCGAUUUCGAUAGUAAUUGUUCUGUAGUAUUUGCCGUCUGAAGAAUUUGUUCUUAGUGACGAUGCUAUGUUUUUAAGCCUGUAUUUUUAAAGAAUAAUCCUUGUGAAGCGGUAGAAUUUCUUAGUGAGAAUCUAUAAAAAAUAAAAAAUAAACGUUCAUUUCCAUUAGUGGGAGAAGAUCAUUUGGCUGGCCAAUGAUUAGUACAUGUAGUGAAAAGCUGUGUUGUAUAAGCCUCUGUAAACUGCCUGUGUGUGUAACACCUGUGUUUCGACUGUGUGGUUUGGACCCAACUACUGGUGAAGGAAUGUUUUCCCUUGUCACAAGGAUUACAAUCUCACCUUUCAUACAUUAUUAUGGAAGGGGAGUUAUUGGUUGAGUUGGUGGAGUUUGAGUCUGCUGUUUUUUGUMCUUUAACAUUCGGGCACGUUGUAAUGAGUCAAAACUACUGGGAUCUGAAGUAUUCUAGAGUCCUAGAAUUCUAGAGUCCUAGAAUUUUCAAAUGUGAAAUAUUUUGUCUAAAAUCGAAAUAUGGGCAGUACCUAUUCGUCACAUAGUAGAAAGACCUUGACAAUCUGACGUAUUAGUCGAUAAUCUAAGGACAUUUUAAGUGCCAGUGCAAUUAUUAUAAUUUUUUUUACAAUUUAAAGACAGGGAAAAAAUAUGUCUUUUGAAUUGAAUCCAGCAAUAAUGAAUUAGUUACAAAAAAUCCAACUACUUGGAUAAACGUCUUUGUCAAAGCACUGUAAAUGACCAUUGUAAGUUAACCAUCCUUGUUUGAAAUGUAUAGAUGUCAUUUUUAUGCGCACCUAUGAAAUGUUACUGCUGCUUUAGAAAUACUAAUCAUGGCGUUAAACCUAAUGUAUUUUACUCUCCUUAUUAUGAAUGUUAAAGGUACAGUUGUUUCGGUUAGAACAAGAAUUCAGAGUUUGGGUCAAUUCCAUUUCAAUUCAGUCCAUUCAGAAAUUCCAAUUCCCAAUUUUCCUCAAUGCUUGUCUAUGGGGAUAAAAAUGAAAUUGGAAUUUCAGUUUACUUCCUGAUUUGAUUGAAAGGAAUUGAGCCCAACCCUGUUAAAAGUUCCAGAUAAAGGUGGCGUGUUACUGAGAACACUAUCGGGCCUUACUGUUUCUGUAGUACAGUUUCACUACAUUGACUGCUAAAUGUACUGUAACAGUGCACAAUGUUUCUGUUUUCUCAAAUGUGAGAACUCAUAGCAAUUUAAUCAGCUAUAGCUAUGACCAAGUCCAAAAUGUUGUCAAAUACAAACACAGUAUUUCUUUUGUUAGACCUGCCUGUUGCAAUUGAAUCAAAAAUGAAACUCAAAAUGAGUGUUUUUGUACAGUACUUUUAAUCAUUGAUUCACAGACUUGUUAUAAAAAGAGAGUCAGAGAGAGACCUCAUUUGCAUGUGAGGGAACAUGCAAUAUUAUACCCAGCAACCUCAAUGAUUAACUAACAUUCCCAACUCUGACUUUAUGUUGAAGAAACAUUGCUUCUAAUCUAUGAAUGUCUGGUCAGCUUGUAUUAUAUAACACACACACACACUAUUGAUAUCCAUCACAGCUACCAAGCUAGGGCUGAUUUAACAGACCAAACAUUGUAUACUAUACUGUAACUGUAUGCUGUGUGCACACGUUGGCCUGUAUCAAAAACCAAACCCUAUUAUCCUCAAGCCAUGUAUCUUGAGCGUGUAUUUGCUUGUGCCUUGUUUUUUUACAGUACACCUGGCAAUAUUAAUCCAUACCAAUAGCUUCUGAAUACUGCUUUUGAAUUGUUCUUUUUGCCCCCAUUUUGAAAUACUGUAUUAUAUGUCAUGAAUUAUACAGGAAAUGUGUUGCGUUGAAGACCAAGGUUAUGUCCCAAGUGGCACCCUAUUCCCUACCCAGUGCCCUACUUUUGACCAGAGCCUUAUGGGACCCGGUCAAAAGUAGUGCCCUAUAUAGGGCAAUAGGUUCCAUUUGGGAUGCAUCCCAAGGCUGCUGUAAAUAAAGCCAAUAGUUUAAUGGCAGUAUUUUCCACAGAUGUAAUAUUGGCUUGGCUGUUCUAUUCCUUGUGAACCAUUUACAAUGCACGCUUCUUUUGUUUAGCUUCAGUCAUUGUUUUAUCCCUCCCGUACCUAUAUUUAUAUACCGUCUGUUAUAUUUUCUGUGUAUUAUGACUGUACAUAUUUCAUGUUUUGUUCACUUCUUUCACCCUUGAUAGAAUUUGUUGAAAUUGAAACUUGAAAUAAACCAACAUCAGUCCCUGUCCGA